CAACUAAAAUCUCCCCUCGACAUUCAACAAUCAAUUCAUCUAUCAAGACUCGGUCAACCAAACCAUUGCGUGCAUCGUCACUUGUCAACUGUCAAACCGGUACAGACGAUCACUAUAAUUCAAGCGCCGCAAUGGCUACUCCCUCGAGCGAUGCCGGCUUCAUGAUGUCGGAUGCCCCCUCGCGGGCUGCCCCGACCCCUAGACGCAAUAUGGGUUUCCCCUCGUCUUCCUCAGCACGCCCACGAGGGCCUCCUUCAGAGAAUAUGGGUGCCCCAAGCGAUGAUGAGGGUGAUGGAUUUGCGGAUGAUCAGGUUCCACGAAGCUCAAGGAUCCCGAAUUCUACUGAGAUCAGUCGUGUUGAGGACAGAAUUGGCCUGCUGGUUCAGGAACACUUUGAGUCCUUCAUCGAGAACUUUGCCGAGGACCCUAUCAGUGCCCCAACACCAAGCGCGCCUACACCCAGCGCUGUCACUACAGACAAGUACUAUGUUGCCCAGAUCAAAGGCAUGCGCACAUACUCGCUCUCGACAUUCUACGUCGACUAUAGACAUCUGGCUGCAUGGGAGAAUGGCAGUUUGGCGGAUGGUGUCAUGCGCCAAUACUAUCGAUUCCUCCCCUUUCUCACCGCUGCUUUACACAACAUGAUUGCAAAGUACGAGCCUAUGUACUUCCGCGAACAUCGCCAGCCCACAGCCUCAAGCAAUCUCACGACUUCUGCGGCCAGUCAUCUCGGCUCUGCCAGCCAAUCCGAGUCGUCACACCGCAAGAAUGAGCACCAACAAACCGACAAGCUCUUCUCUAUCGCAUUCUACAACUUGCCUCUAGUUUCCAGAGUCCGUGCCCUUCGAGCCGCCAACAUUGGCCAGCUUCUUUCUAUCUCUGGAACAGUCACUCGGACAUCCGAAGUCCGUCCCGAGUUGUCUGUCGCUACUUUCACCUGCGAGGCCUGUCGCACAGUUGUGCCAAAUGUUGAGCAGACCUUUCGAUACACAGAACCUACCCAAUGCCCCAACUCGACAUGCCAGAACCGUGUGGCCUGGCAACUUGACAUUCGUCGCAGUACCUUCGUCGAUUGGCAGAAGGUUCGAAUUCAGGAGAACAGUUCCGAGAUUCCUACAGGCAGCAUGCCUCGAACUAUGGACGUUAUUCUGCGUGGUGAAAUUGUUGAUCGCGCCAAGGCUGGAGAGAAGUGCAUCUUCACUGGUGCCCUGAUCGUCGUUCCUGAUGUCAGCCAACUCGGCCUUCCAGGAUUGCGACCGACUGCUAUCCGUGACGACCGUAAUGCGCCUAGAGGAGCCGAUGCUGGUGGAAGUGGAAUCAGCGGUCUCAAGGCUCUGGGUGUACGAGACUUGACAUAUCGUCUUGCCUUCCUUGCCUGCAUGGUGAACCCAGACACUUCAACAUCUGGCCAGUCGGCUGCCAGUGGCGCUGCCGAUGUUGUCAAUGCUUUGACACAGAACACAGCCAACGAGGGAGAGCAGUCAGUGGAAGAUGCUCAAGCUGCUGUUCUAGCGUCCAUGAACCCCUCUGAAAUUGAGGACCUGCGAGCAAUGGUCCACGGUGACCAUAUCUAUUCCCGUCUUGUGCAAUCUAUUGCUCCCAUGGUCUACGGCCAUGAGGUCGUUAAGAAGGGUCUGCUGCUCCAGCUCAUGUCUGGUGUCCCCAAGAGCACGGCUGAGGGUAUGCAACUUCGAGGUGAUAUCAACAUUUGCAUUGUCGGUGAUCCUUCUACUUCCAAGUCCCAGUUCUUGAAAUACGUGUGCUCUUUUGCGCCCCGUGCUGUUUACACCAGUGGCAAGGCAUCGUCUGCCGCCGGUCUUACUGCUGCGGUAGUCAAGGAUGAAGAGACAGGCGAAUUUACUAUCGAGGCUGGUGCGCUCAUGUUGGCAGACAAUGGCGUCUGCGCUAUUGAUGAGUUCGACAAGAUGGAUAUCGCAGAUCAAGUCGCCAUCCACGAAGCUAUGGAACAGCAGACCAUCUCGAUCGCAAAGGCCGGUAUUCAAGCCACGCUGAAUGCCCGAACCAGUAUUCUUGCAGCUGCUAACCCUGUUGGUGGUCGUUACAACCGCAAGACGACCCUCCGCUCCAACAUCAACAUGUCGGCACCUAUCAUGUCUCGUUUCGACCUCUUCUUUGUUGUCCUCGACGAGUGUAACGAACAAGUCGACCGCCACUUGGCAGAGCACAUUGUUGGUAUCCACCAGUUGCGUGACGAGGCUGUUGAGCCCGAGUUCAGCACAGAACAACUUCAGCGAUACAUUCGUUUUGCAAAGACUUUCCGACCUGAGUUCACUGACGAGGCCAAGGAUGUCCUCGUGGAGAAGUACAAGGAACUUCGCGCCGACGAUGCUCAAGGAGGCGUGGGCAAAAACUCGUACCGAAUUACAGUCCGUCAGCUCGAGAGUAUGAUUCGUCUCUCCGAGGCUAUUGCCAAGGUCAACUGUGUGGAAGAGAUUAGCUCUGAGAUGGUUGUCGAGGCCUACAACCUCCUGCGACAGAGUAUCAUCUCCGUGGAGCACGAUGACGUUGAGGUGUACGACGAAGAACCCGAAGAAGAUAGCGAGACACUUCUCCGUGCCGCUGAUGCUGCUUCCGGCCGUGGCCAAGAACACGACGCAGUCAUGGAGGAAGAUGACACACAGCCUGGCCGUAGCAGUGUUGCCCCUGAAAGAAGGAAGCAAACCAUCACAUACGACAAUUACAUCAAGAUGGUCAACAUGUUUGUUCAGCAUAUUACCGAUGCUGAGGUCGGUAACCUCGAAGGUGUUAACGGCGAUGAAUUGGUCAACUGGUACCUCGAGCAGAAGGAGGAUGAGCUCCAAGGUGAGGACGAUUAUCACCGAGAAAAAGCUCUCGCCAACAUGGUGCUCAAAAAGAUGGUCAAGGAAAACAUCCUCAUGGCUCUCCGCGGCGAAGGCCUCACAGAUGGUGACGCAAGCUCUUCAACAGAUCCCUCCCAAAUUAUGUAUAUUGUGCACCCCAACUGUGCGGUCGAGGAAGUCUAAUUAUCUGUCUAAAACAAACGAGAAAUUAUAAAUGGAAGGAGGCUAAUAUGCACGUCAUGACUUAACGCCUUGGAAGACGGGCGUUUUAGGAGUUUGUGAUACUACAUUGUCGACUUGUUUCAUCUUAUUGUGAGCGACUGUAUAUCAUCGGAUGAGUGGAAUUUUAGAAGGGGAUCUUGUUACGAGGAUGUUGAAUAUGAUAGAUACCAUUAAUGUACAAACAUUAUAUGAACAACAUGGCAAAUAAGUGUGGCAUACAUGUAGCGAUUACAUCUCAUCUCACAACAUCAUCAGCACCAUAUAGUGAUAUACCAGGGACAUUCACUUGAGGCACUUAAAAUUCGCGAAAUUUGUAUGAUUGAUCAAUCGUCUGUCUGACAGAGCCUCGUACGCACUCGUUGAUUUCGUCAAGGCGUAGAAACGCUCAUCGUUCCCAUCAUAGUGAUCUCUCUCCAUAAGUCCGUUGCGGCUGUUUCUGAUUUCCAGGUUUAUCUGAUCCAGUUCCUUCAUACAAGAAGUACAAAAUAAGAAGGGGAAAAAACCUAGCACAUUCGAUUAUCGCGAACCCAGUCCCGACCCAAAGUAAAGCAGGUCAUCGAACUUGUUACUCAGACGCCGUCCUCCCUUCCCCUGUCAUCGAGAACAUGGCGCAUGUUUCAAUUGGUUUGGGUUGUAUGUGGCCCUUGAAGAGCCUGUCAAGUCCCCCCUUCCAGGCGAUCCUAUCAUUUUCACAAAAAGCAAUGCCCGCCAUGUAUGCUUUUAUGAAGACAAAACAGAGCCCCAGUGUUAUAAAGGGAGAUGAAGAAAAAACAGAAAAAAGGUAUAGCGUGUUUAACAUGUGCUUAAGAAGCAAAUGCUAGCACGUUGAGAAAGCCUGCAGUAUAUGGCUGUGCAGACAAUUUAUGUAGAAGCUCAUUCCAUGAUAUCCUGAAGACGGACAUCGGAAUGGUGGGGGUCGCUAUGUACUGGGAGGUGAGACCAAUGCAUCAGCAGGUAAAGCGAUAAACACAAGAUGCGCUGCGAGUAUUAUGUAAUAGACUGAGGAUGGCGUCAGGCCGGUGUCUCGGCCGGUUUCCUCCAGCUUGCUUUGCUUUCCUAAGCAGCCAAAGAAGCAGGAUUACUUGGGGCGCGACCCCAGUCAGAACCUCGACCGCGGUAGCUACCACGGCCUCCUCGACCUGAGCUUGUUGGGGGAUGCUCUCCUCGUGAGCUCGACACAUCUCGCUUGCCUCCUCGACGUUCAUAGCCAGAGCCCCGGUUUCUGGGACCACCUCGUCCUUGCAAACCUCGACCACCUCGAGUUGCUGAGAAAGGAAUAGUGACAGUUCUGGCUUCUUGCAUAUUAGGAAACAUGAUUCUCAUAACAUUGCCGCCGCCAACAACGUCGGCAGAGAAGUAGUAUGGUUCCAUAACAGUUGGCUGAACUGCAAAUUUCUUCGGCAGAGGCUUGUUUGGUGCUAAUGCCGGCUGCCAAGCGGCUUCGGGGGCCUUGUGUGGUAGUCGAAUUUGAGGUAAUGACCCCAUCUCUUGCUCUUCAAAACAUUCCUCGGCCAUGGGUUUGGUGACAGGUGACAAGAGGCUCUUGUCAAAACGGGCGGGAGCUGAAACAUUGUUCCUAGGUAGAGAAACCGUGGCUGAGUCGUGGUGAGCAACAUGGUCCAGAGCACUCUUGCUUGCAGGGUCGACGCCAAUUGACCUUUGGGGUGGAGAUCUUGAACUAUUACCAAGCAAACUGUUAAUUCGGUUCUGCCACUUCUCUUGAGAAGACUCCCCGGCCGUCAAUGGUGCACGAUUGGGGCUCACAGGGCCCCGAGCGACUUCCUUGAAGGAUGGUGGGUGCGCCCAGCCGAACUGUACACGAUUUGGGGGAGGUUGUGAGGCCGCCAUAGAUGGGGGUAGCUUCACCACAGGGUGAGGCUUUGGAAGCGACACAUGAGGUUUCAUAACAUCACCCUCGUAAGCUGGGUGGCCUUCCAUCGUGGGUGGCGGGGGGGUUGGCGAUUUGGAUCGCGAUGGCUCAUUUUCGUUGAUUCUAUCAUGCGAGUCUCUCGUAGGGAAGAAUCGAGAUGUGCGGUUCUGUGAAGCUCCGGCCUGGCCUGGCACUCCGCCUCCCACCACUCCAACGUUAUUAGGAUCCUCCUUUGCAUCAUCACCAGGGCUCCUCCAGGGGCCAGCUGGCUGUGCUUCUUGAGGACCAAUAGCGCGUCUUGUACCAUCACCGGGAGCAUGAACCUGGCGCCAUGUAUCUUUGAUGACCGGUUGGGCAUCCUCAAGACUAACACCACGUUCAGCAAGUAGGCGAUCGCGCUCAACCCGCUCUGCUAAUCGGCUAGCGCUCAGUUGUUUAUCUUUUUCACCGACGGCAGUAAUCCACUUGCUUGCCACAUCAGAUCCUGCCGGAGGAUGAGGACCAGAGGAGCUGUAUCGUGAAGGUCCAGAACCGAUUGGGGCUGGGGGUUGAGGUCGGGCUUGAGAAGGUUGUCGUGGAUUAUUGGGAGGGGCGAUAGGUGAUGGCCCCUUGUUUCCUUGAGAACCAGGGCGAUUAUCCAGAGGUGCACGACCGAUAUCGGUGUUAAAUGUGCCGUUACCGAGGCCUCGAUCGUUAUUAGGUGACCCCCAAACAUUACUUCGGGGCUGCGAACCUGUACCCCAAUUUGACACAGCUCUGUCCUGGCGUGAUGCUGCAGCUGCCCCCCAAAGCUCACUAGGCUUGGCUUCUUGGCUGUGAGAUACACGCCUCGCCGCUGGCGCUGUGCCCUGAGUGUGUCCAACUUUAGCAUCAGAAUCUUGAGGUUGCUGUCGAGCUGACGAAGCUGUUGCAGAGUGGUCACCAUCCUGCUGCAAUUGUGUAGGAGUUUGGUUUGCCGCGCUACUAUGGUCACGUUGUUGAAUAUGUGUUGGGUGUGAAGCAUCGUCAGACUUCUCUGCGGGCUCCUUCUUCUCGGUCUUCUUCUCUGGCGCAGGCCCCAUAGCAUCCAACUUUUUCUGAAUGCGCUCCCGACGUUCAGCUUCCUCACGGGCUUCUUCUUCUUGGCGUCGUUUCCUAGCUAACUCGACACGUUCUCGCAUGAGCUUCUUCUGAUAUUCGACCUCUUCGCUAGCAGGUUGAAGGGGAGGGGGUGGACCGGCAACUUGCUCAGGAAGAGGUGCAGGGUGGUGUGGUUGCGCAAAGGCAGGAUUUGGAGAACCUCGAGGAGGCAUCCAGCUAGAAUGAUGUUGCCCCCUUGGUGGGCCAUGCGCUGAGGCUGAAAGAUUGGGGGAGACGAGGCCAUCAACGGAACCAACGAAAGACGGUCUACGGCCUUCCUGUAAUUCGUGAGGGGGCAGGGGCACUUCACCUCCCUUAUUCAUACGCUGCAUAAAUGAGCCGCUUCCGCCACUAACAUUAGAUGAUCCUCGUCUUCUAGCGAAAGGAGGUUCCUGAGAAACUCUAUUGGUCUGGAAAGCACCCGAGGGUUCAGCUGGAUAAUCCGGUUGGGGUGGUCGCUGUAAUAGGGAAGGAUGAUGCCUUGGAUGCUGUUCCAUUCUCAUCGAACCACGUCGAUUGUCGUGUACAGGUUCGUAGCGGCCAGAAUGGGAGUUAAACAAUUCCCGGCCUCCGUGAGAUGAACUGUCUCUCCAACGAUUGAAAUCAUCCGCCGCAAAUUCUUUUGGAGGCGGCGGAGUCAUGCCCUUAUUAUGUGGCGGUCUAGCAAGACUGGCCUGUUCUGGAAUAGGUGAAGCCUUCUCGACCGGAGGUAGAGGCGCCCACGGGGACUUGAC